AUCAUUUUAACAUGAACCAUUCAAGGGCAUUCAGCACGUUCACAGUGUGCAACCACCACCUCUAUUCAGUUCUAGAACAUUCUCCCCUCUCCAGAAGAAAAGCCUGUACCUGGUCAGCACUGACUCCUCACUCCCUUUCCCUCCAGCCCUCGGCAGCCACGACCUGCCCUCUGUCUCUGUGGGUCCGUGGAUUUGCCAAUUCGAGGUAUUUUAUACAAACCGCACCGUGCGCCAUGGGCUCCUCCGUGACUGGCUUCUUCCUGUCCACGUGAGGGUCGGGGUCCAUCGGCCUGGGGAGCGUGUGGCUCCUCCUGCCUGUGCGCAACGGCCUCCCCCGUAGGGCCACGUGCGGCGCGGGGAAGUGCUGCCUGCUGGGGGCCUCGCGGGCGUGUGCAGGUGUGUACCCUGCGCUGGGCCGAGCACACGAGCACGACGGAGAGCUCCCAGGCGGCCUCGGAGCCAGAGACGCCCCCCCACAGAGACACACGCUGAAACAGCAUCUCUACCAGCAAAACGCUGGGAUCGGUUCAGGGUCCGGCAGCAGGCGGCCAGUGGAGGAACUUUCUGGAGCAUGGCCGGCCUCGUGUGAAGCCAUUACACGAGGCGGCGCACAGGACGUGUGAAUUUCCCGGGGAUGCGCGAGCGACUCUCACGCAGAGAAAGCAGAUCUCAGAGCCGCGUCCACGCCGUGCAAAAUGCGGAGCAGGGAAGCCGCACGGAGGGCAGCUGGUGGUGGCCAGGGGCUGGGAAGAGGUUGCCCCGGGGGUCUGUGCAGCUUGUUAAAAACCAGAGGACCUGAGGGGUGUCGGGCAGGAGCCCUUGGGUGCGUCUGCGUUGGUCUCCUUGUGCUCAAGCCGGUGACUGUCUUUCAGGCCCCCCCCAGGGAGAGGCCAGCACUGCCUGGGGUCCCACGGCCCUGCUCCCCACGACCUUGGGGCUGACGGACCCUCCCCUGCCCUCCCCCGCUUGGUCCGCCCCACCGUGGCUCCCUGGUCCCCCACGGUGACCCAGGGACAAAGGACAGCUGCCCGGCCUGGCUGCUCACCAGAGGAGGUCCCCGGUCCAGUGGCUUCUCGGACAUGCAGGGCCACGAUGGACGAGGAAUUCUCCUCUCAGAUGAAGAAGAUGGCCUUGGCUAUGGGCACGUCCCUGUCGGACAAGGACAUAGAGCUGCUGCCCACGGACAUGAGGCAUCACGGCUCCUUCAACUACCUCAAGUUCCUGGAGUACAUGCAGAAGUUCCAGGCCGCGGGCCAGCUGGACAGUGCCAUCCGCCAGGCCUUCCAGACCCUGGACAAGGACAAGAGCGGCUUCAUCGAGUGGAACGAGAUCAAGUACAUCCUGUCCACCAUUCCCAGCAGCGGGCCCACUGCCCCGCUGACGGACGAGGAGGCCGAGGCCAUGAUCCAGGUGGCCGACACGGACGGCGACGGGAGGAUUGACUUCGAAGAAUUUUCUGAACUGAUCAAAAAGGAAAAAGUUCCAAAGAAGAAGUAGUACCACGCUCGGCCCUGGGCAUCGUGGGACAUUCGCAUGCCUGACCGAGGGGGCCAUGGGGGUGGACACAGCGCAUGCCAGGAAAAUGGAAGAACAGUGUCAUUAAAUGAACGAUGCAGCCCGA